GUGCAACUUCCUGAUAUCUAUCAGAUCACUCACAUCUUUUAUUAUUUUUGUUUUUGUUUUGUAUUUAUGUUUUUAUUAAAAAAAUUUAUUCGAUUUUCAACCUGCAACUGCAUUCAUAAUCAUACUAAAUAAUAGAGUUAGAGCUGCAUAAGUACAAAAUAGUGACGUUAUUAUCUAAACAAUUGUAAUUCCAAAUCACAACUUAACUUCAAAAUAAAUACUAUAGUAGCAGAUUUAAAAUCAAAACCAUGUCAAACGAAAAUUGGAUGGGUCAGCUAUCAGAAAGUGCUCGUAACCUAUCAAUUAUUAAUAUUGCUAUACCAGGAUCGCAUAACUCCAUGACUUAUGGCAUUAACUCCAAAUCUAAACCAGCACCCGAUGCAGAUGCAUCUACUCGACGCUUGAAUUAUAUAUUUCCAUGCUUUGUUCGUCGUUGGGCAAUCACGCAAUCGGCUGAUGUGGUGCAACAAUUAAAGCUAGGAAUCCGAUUCUUCGAUUUACGUAUUUGUCAAAAUGAAGAAAAUUUUUACUAUUGCCAUGGAUUAUAUUCAAUGGCAAUAAUGGAACCACUUUUAGAAAUCAUCAGCUUUUUAGAAUCUCGUCCAAAAGAAUUCGUUAUUUUGGAUUUUCAACAUUUUUACGCAAUGCAACCUGAACAUCAUGUCCGAUUACACAACUACCUGAAGCAGAUUUUUGGACAAAAGCUUUACACAAGAAGCGAUGGACCACUGUCUAAGUGCACACUUAAUUACUGCCAUCCAAGAGGCAAGCAAGUAUUAAUAAUUUACCGACGCUGCAGCGUAAGUUUACCACAAGAUUUUUGGCCAAAUUUAAGUUGGCCAACUCCAUGGCCAAAUGUUUGUAGUGCUAAAAAACUGGAGGAGUAUCUUAAUACAGCAUUGUUAUCGCGUCAGCCAAUGAAUGGAUAUGUUUCGCAGUGUAUUUUUACACCAACUGCUAGAUACAUUACAUUAAGGUUCCUUUCAUCACUACGAAACAGUGCAAAAAAAGUCGAUAAAAAGCUUUCCCCAUGGAUUAAAUCACAACAACCUGGACCUUUUGACUAUAAAGAUAAACCAACUGUUAAUGUGUUUUUGGGGGAUUUCGUCAACUUAAAAGAUGGCCAGUUUUGUCAGUGGGUUAUUGAUUUGAAUUCUUGUUUAGAAUGUGAUACAUAAUUGCACAAAAAUGAUUUUUAAGAAAAUGUUAUUAAGUCAAGUUCAAAAAACAAACUAAUAAGCUUUAAAGUUGAAUGCUUUUAAUAUUAUAUAAUUUAUCUAUGUAGCUUUUUAUAUAUAUUUUUUUACUCGGAAACGCUUUUGCAUAAUGUAUUUAUAUAAACUUUGUUGUUUGGUGAAAUAUAUCCAUUUUUUUGUUUUGUAACAUUUA